UACCCCUGCCCCCAGAUACACACACCAUUUAUAUCCAGAAGAAGAAACACAGGAAGAAGUAUAUGCAUACUCGACUGCAGUAGUGAGAGACGUUAAAUCCGGUCGAGAACAUCUACCGACAAUCUGUUCAUGAACGACACAGAAGACAUGGAGAAGUAUGGCAAUUUUGUGUAUACUGAUGACUACAAUGACAGCUACACCUGCGAUUUUGAGGAAACGGGCCUGCAGAACUUCCACGCCAUCUUCCAGUCAGUUUUUUACAGCUUCAUCUUCUUCCUGGGUCUGGCAGGAAACGGCCUGAUGAUCACCAUCCUCCUGAGGCGUCAACAUCGUCUACGCAUCACUGAGAUCUACCUGCUGCAUCUGGCCCUGGCGGACCUCAUGCUCAUAAUCACUUUGCCUUUUAAGUCAGUCGGCUGCAUCACCGGUUGGGUUUUCGGAGAGUUCCUGUGCAUUCUGACUGGCGUGCUGGAGAAUCUGAACCUUUUGUGUGUGAGUUUCCUUCUCGCUUGCAUUGGAUUUGAUCGGUACUUGGCGAUUGUCCACGCGGUCCCCAGCAUGCAAAGUCGACGGCCAAGAGUGGUGCACCUGACCUGCAUGUCGCUGUGGUUGUUCUGCCUUCUCCUGUCGCUGCCCAAUGCCGUGUUCCUAUCUGUGAAAAUGGACCAGAAUGAUUUGUUUCUUGAUUGCCACGCUUAUCGCUUUAAGAUUCACUCGCACAACUGGGUUGUUACAAACAGGGUUAUCCACAAUGUGUGCUUUUUCUUCUCUUUGGGGGUUAUGUGCUACUGUUACACUGCACUUGUCGUUACUUUGUGCAGUAGCCAGAAAAGCCAAUCCAAGAAAGCAGCAAUUCGACUGGCCUUACUUGUAACGCUUGUGUUCUGCUGCUCCUGGCUGCCUUACAGCAUGGCCUCGCUGAUAAUGUCUCUGUCUGAACUGAAACUUAUUAUCUUAGACACGUGUGACUCUGAGGAACUCCUGAAACAAGUCUACAACGUGUCGUACAGCCUGGGAAUCUCCCACUGCUGCCUGAAUCCCUUCCUGUAUGCUUUUGUCGGCGUGCAGUUUCGUAAUGAGUUGAUUCACCUUUUGUGCCAGCUGGGCUGCGGCCGCGUUUGUUCACCGUUCAUCCAAGUGCGAACGCGAUCUUUCGUUUCAGAUGGAACAACCAACAGCACCAACAUCUUCUAAAGAUGACCCUCAAGUCACACCACUUGGACCCGAGUCACAAUUAGGAGUUUAAACUCAAUCUGGACGCCUAGCGCCAACGAUUUGUGACUCGGACUGAGUAGCUCACGUGUUUUAGCAAGAGAGGGUGUUUGUGUGUGCACGUGAAGAUCCAGGUCACUUUGAUUAGAACAGACUGAUUUGUCGCGAUCAAAGUUUUUGAUAUUGUGCACACAAUGUCACAACGAUAUUUUUGGCCUAUGUUGGUACCUGCAUGUCCUGCAUCUUGUGGUUGCUGUGUUUAAGCGAUGAGGUCAAAUCACUUUCCAACACCUCAAGUGGAAAGACUUACAAAAGCCAUCGUGAAAACAUUCUGCUUGUUGAUUCUGCAUUUUAAAUGUCCUUAACAUGAAUGUCAUUAGAGCCAUUUUGGGUGGGCUCUCAUAUAUGCGCCAGUUUCUUCCUGCAACCUAAAUCUUUUUACUAUUUGAGGUCUGGAUGAAACUAUUUCUGAUAUCUGCAAAAACAAUGUUUAAACCUCUCAAGCGAUCAUUGGCCUCAACUUAGAAGCAUGUUUUAUACUGGGUCUUGAUGCAAAUUAUUUUAUAUUAAGGGCUUCUUUGUAUGCUGCAGUUUUGUGUUAUUGAAAAGGAGACAUGUAUAUAUACUUUUUUAUUGUUAUUUUUGUUCACUAACCAGGUAUUUUCCAACAUUCCCAUUGGCUCAGUUUUAUUUUGAUGCAUUUUCGUUUGGAAAAGUUUUAUUUGUAUGGAUACAUAUAUACACACAAUUGCGUUUCUUAAAGAGAAAUUGGAUUUGAUGAAUUUUCAUGUACCUUGCCGACAGUGUUUGUCAAAAUGUAUUUGUUUGUACUGUAUACAUGUCAAACCGAAUUUAAUAAAGACUUGUGGUUUUAUACAGAAAA